UUUGGACUGUUUUGCUUUGGGAGUACUUCCUCCGUGCCGCCUUCCCCGAACUCCAGCUUUAAACACAUUUUAAUUAAUCCGAACUUCGCCACAAGUUUCUGCGCCUCAUCUGGCCCUCCAACCUUAAGUCAAAAUGUCCAAGAAGGCCCCAAGCGAGGAUGAGAAGUUCCUCUUCGUCGACAAAGACCUGCUGAACAGUCCCAUGGCCCAGGCCGACUGGGCGGCCAAGAAGCUAGUGUGGGUCCCGUCGGAGAAGCACGGCUUCGAGGCGGCCAGCAUCAAGGAGGAGCGCGGCGACGAGGUGCUGGUGGAGCUGGCCGACAACGCCAAGAAGAUCACAGUCAACAAGGACGACGUCCAGAAGAUGAACCCGCCAAAGUUCAGCAAGGUGGAGGACAUGGCUGAGCUCACCUGCCUGAACGAGGCCUCUGUGUUACACAAUCUCCGCGAGAGGUACUUCUCAGGGCUUAUUUAUACGUACUCUGGGCUGUUCUGUGUGGUGGUGAAUCCCUAUAAAAUGCUGCCCAUCUACUCAGAGAAGAUCAUCGACAUGUACAAAGGGAAGAAAAGACACGAAGUCCCUCCUCACAUUUACGCCAUAGCUGAUAACGCCUACAGAAACAUGAUGCAAGAUCGUGAGGACCAGUCCAUUCUCUGCACCGGGGAGUCUGGUGCCGGGAAGACUGAGAACACCAAGAAGGUCAUCCAGUAUCUGGCUGUAGUGGCCUCCUCUCACAAAGGGAAGAAGGACAGCAGUGCUCAACAAUCAGGAUCACAGUUUGCCUACGGGGAGCUAGAGAAGCAGCUCCUGCAGGCCAAUCCCAUCCUGGAGGCCUUCGGAAAUGCCAAGACCAUCAAAAAUGACAACUCUUCUCGAUUUGGAAAAUUCAUUCGCAUCAACUUUGAUGUCACAGGUUACAUCGUUGGAGCCAACAUUGAGACUUAUCUGCUGGARAAGUCCCGCUGUAUCCGACAGGCAAAGACAGAAAGAGCUUUUCACAUCUUCUACUACAUGAUUGCUGGUGCUAAGGACAAAGUGCAUGAGGAGCUUCUUCUGGAGCCCUUCAGUAAUUACCGUUUCCUGAGUUCGGGUCACGUUCAGAUCCCUGGUCAGCAGGAUGACGAGAUGUUUGAGGAGACCAUGGAGGCCAUGAAAAUCAUGGGCUUAACCGACGAGGAGAGAAUCGACAUCCUGAAGGUGUGCUCCACUGUGAUGCAGCUGGGAAACAUAGCCUUCAAAAAAGAGAGAAACCAAGAGCAGGCCACCAUGCCAGACAACACCGCGGCUCAGAAGGUGUGUCACCUGCAAGGCAUCAAUGUGACRGACUUCACCCGAGCCAUUCUCACCCCUCGCAUCAAAGUGGGCAGAGAGGUGGUGCAGAAGGCACAGACCAAAGAGCAGGCUGACUUUGCUGUCGAAGCGUUGGCUAAGGCUGUCUAUGAGAGACUGUUUCGCUGGAUCUUGGGCCGAGUCAACAAAGCCCUGGACAAGACCAAGCGACAGGGAGCCUCCUUCUUGGGAAUCCUUGACAUUGCUGGAUUUGAAAUCUUUGAAGACAACUCCUUUGAGCAGCUGUGCAUCAACUACACCAACGAGAAGCUGCAGCAGCUYUUCAACCACACCAUGUUCAUCCUGGAGCAGGAGGAGUACCAGAGGGAGGGCAUCGAGUGGAACUUCAUCGACUUCGGCCUGGACCUGCAGCCCUGCAUCGAGCUCAUUGAGAGGCCGAAUAAUCCUCCAGGCAUCUUGGCCCUGCUGGAUGAAGAGUGCUGGUUCCCAAAAGCCACAGACAUCUCCUUUGUAGAGAAACUCAUGAACACUCAAGGAAACCAUGUGAAAUUUGCCAAACCUAAGCAGCUUAAAGACAAAACGGAGUUCUCUAUUCUGCACUAUGCUGGAAAGGUAGACUAUAAUGCCACYGCCUGGCUGACAAAGAACAUGGAUCCCCUAAAUGACAACGUCACCGCACUGCUCAGCAAUUCCUCCAGCCCGUUUGUGCAAGACCUCUGGAAAGAUGCGGACCGAGUGGUGGGUCUGGACACGAUAGCCAAGAUGACRGACAGCUCCAUGCCCAGCGCUUCAAAGACCAAGAAAGGAAUGUUUCGCACAGUAGGACAACUUUACAAAGAGUCUCUGGCAAAACUCAUGACCACACUGCACAACACUCAGCCCAACUUUGUCAGAUGCAUCAUCCCAAACCACGAGAAGAGGGCAGGAAAGCUGGAUGCCCACCUGGUCCUGGAGCAGCUCAGGUGUAACGGCGUGUUGGAGGGAAUACGAAUCUGUCGACAAGGUUUCCCAAAUCGAAUCGUCUUCCAGGAGUUCCGCCAAAGAUAUGAGAUCUUGGCUGCAAAUGCCAUUCCUAAAGGUUUCAUGGAUGGCAAACAAGCCUGCUGCCUCAUGAUCAAACAUCUGGACCUGGACCCCAAUCUGUACAGGAUCGGACAGAGUAAAAUCUUCUUCCGCACAGGGGUGCUCGCCCAGCUGGAGGAGGAGCGAGAUCUGAAGAUCACCGUCAUCAUCAUUGCUUUCCAGGCUCAGGCCAGAGGCUUCCUGGCCAGAAAGGCAUUUGCCAAGAGGCAACAGCAGCUUACAGCCAUGAAGGUGAUCCAGAGAAACUGUGCUGCUUACCUCAAACUCAGGAACUGGCAGUGGUGGAGGCUUUUCACGAAGGUCAAGCCUCUACUGCAAGUGACCCGACAGGAGGAGGAGAUGAGUCUAAAGGAGGAAGAGCUGCUUAAAGCCAAAGAAGUGGCAACAAAGUUUGAGUCUGAGCUGAAAGAAGUCACUUUGAAGCACACACAGAUUUUAGAGGAGAGGAAUGCCCUGCAAGAGCAGCUUCAAGCAGAGACAGAGCUGUACGCAGAGGCUGAGGAGAUGAGGGUCCGCCUGGCAGCUAARAAACAGGAGCUGGAGGAGAUCCUUCACGAGAUGGAGGCGAGGCUGGAUGAAGAGGAGGAACGCGCUCAGGCACUGCUGCUGGACAAGAAGAAGAUGCAACAGCAGAUGCAGGAACUAGAGGAACAUUUGGAAGAGGAGGAGGAUGCCCGUCAGAAGCUGCAGCUGGAAAAGGUCACUUGUGAAGGAAAGAUUAAAAAGCUGGAGGAUGACAUUCUGGUAAUGGAGGACCAGAACAACAAACUUCUCAAGGAGCGUAAACUGUUGGAGGAAAGAGUUGCAGACUUUAGUGCCAACCUGGCAGAAGAGGAGGAGAAAUCGAAGAACCUCACUAAGCUCAAAAAUAAACACGAGUCUAUGAUCUCAGAGUUGGAAGUUCGUUUGAAAAAAGAAGAAAAGACUCGUCAGGAGCUGGAUAAGGCAAAGCGAAAGUUGGAGGCAGAGUCUAACGACCUGCAGGAGCAGAUAGCCGACCUGCAGGCCCAGAUCGCUGAACUCAAAGCUCAGCUUGCCAAGAAGGAUGAGGAGUUGCAGAACGCUUUGGCAAGGUUAGAAGAUGAGAUGGCUCAGAAAAACAAUGCUCUGAAGAAGAUCAGGGAGCUGGAGGGACACAUCUCCGACCUGCAGGAAGACCUGGACUCUGAGCGAGCAGCCAGAAACAAGGCGGAGAARAUCAAACGGGACCUCGGCGAGGAGCUGGAGGCGCUCAAGUCUGAGCUGGAAGACACACUUGACACAACUGCCACWCAGCAGGAGCUGAGAGCCAAACGUGAGCAGGAGGUCACRCUGCUGAAGAGGGCCAUCGAGGAGGAGAACCGCGCACACGAGUCUCAGAUACAGGAGAUGAGACAGAAACACACCCAGGCUGUGGAGGAGCUCACCGAGCAGCUGGAGCAGUCCAAACGAGUAAAGACCAACCUGGAAAAGGCUAAACAAGCUCUGGAGAAGGAAUCUUCUGAAUUAACCAUAGAGGUGCGCUCGCUGACUCAGGCCAAGCAAGAAGGGGAGCACAAGAGGAAGAAGCUGGAGGGCCAGGUGGCGGACCUGCAGUCCCGCUUCACCGACAGCGAGAAGCAAAAGGCUGAGCUGAGCGAACGCUGCUCUAAAAUCACUGUUGAACUUGAAAGUGUAACAAACCUACUGAACGAGGCAGAGGGCAAGAACAUCAAACUGAGCAAAGACGUGACCAGUCUUACUUCUCAGCUCCAAGACACACAGGAGCUGCUGGCUGAGGAGACGCGUCAGAAACUGCAGAUCUCUACGAAGCUGCGACAAGCGGAGGAYGAUAAUCACAGCUUACAGGAGCAGCUUGAGGAGGAGAUGGAGGCCAAGAGGAACGUGGAGCGACAUGUGUCCACCCUCAACAUCCAGUUAUCAGAUUCGAAGAAGAAGCUGGAGGAAAUGUCGGGAAACAUCGAGCUCUUGGAAGAAGGGAAGAAACGCCUGCAGAGAGAUUUGGAGGCAGCCAACACUCAGUUCGAAGAGAAGGCCUCGGCGUACGACAAGUUGGAGAAAACCAAGAACCGUCUGCAACAGGAGCUGGAGGACACGCUGAUGGACCUGGACAACCAGAGACAGAUUGUGUCAAACCUGGAGAAGAAACAAAAGAAGUUCGACCAGAUGCUGGCUGAAGAGAAGAGCAUCUCCAGUAAAUAUGCAGAGGAAAGAGAUCGUGCAGAAGCCGAGGCUAGAGAAAAAGAAACCAAGGCUCUGUCGCUGGCGAGAGCUCUGGAAGAGGCCCAGGAYGGCAGAGAGGAGCUGGAGAGGACCAACAAGGCCCUGAGGAUGGAGAUGGAGGACCUGAUCAGUUCCAAGGACGAUGUGGGGAAAAAUGUUCACGAGCUGGAGAAGUCCAAACGAGCCCUGGAGGCCCAGGUGGAGGAGAUGAAGACCCAGCUGGAGGAGCUCGAGGACGAGCUGCAGGCGGCUGAGGAUGCCAAGCUGCGUCUGGAGGUCAACAUGCAGGCCCUGAAAGCCCAGUUCGAAAGAGACCUCCAGGGACGGGAUGAGAUGGGCGAGGAGAAGAAGAGGCAGCUCGUCAAGCAGGUCCGUGAGCUGGAGACUGAGCUGGAGGACGAGCGAAAACAGAAAGCUCAAGCUGCUGCUGCCAAGAAGAAGCUGGAGACGGACAUGAAAGACCUGGAAGGACAGAUUGAGACGGCCAAUAAGGGACGAGAUGAAGCCAUCAAGCAGCUCCGCAAGCUUCAGGCCCAGAUGAAGGACUWUCAAAGGGAGCUGGAGGAUGCCCGCGCUGCUCGGGAGGAGGUGCUGGCCACGGCGAAGGAGAGCGAGAGGAAAGCAAAGAGUCUGGAGGCUGAGCUCAUGCAGCUGCAGGAGGAACUGGCUGCAGCUGAAAGGGCCCGGAAGCAGGCAGAGGCUGAGAGAGACGAGCUGUCUGAUGAGCUGGCGAGCAACACUUCUGGAAAAUCAGCCUUGGCAGACGAGAAGCGCCGCCUGGAGGCAAAGAUCGCCCAGCUGGAGGAAGAGCUGGAGGAGGAACAAAGCAACAUGGAGAUCCUCAACGACAGGCUGAGGAAGAGCGCGCAGCAGGUGGAGCAGCUGAACAAUGAGCUGCAGACGGAGCGCAGCGCCUCUCAGAAGAACGAGAGCGCUCGGCAGCAGAUGGAGCGUCAGAACAAGGAGCUAAAGGCCAAACUCCAGGAGAUGGAGAACCAGGUCAAGUCCAAGUUCAAGUCCUCCAUCUCUGCGCUGGAGGCUAAAGUGGCUCAGCUGGAGGAGCAGCUGGAGCAGGAGAACAGGGACAAGCAGGCAAAUGCCAAGAGUGCUCGCCAGAAGGACAAAAAACUUAAAGACCUGCUGAUACAGCUGGAAGACGAAAGAAAACAGGCGGAGCAGUACAAAGAUCAGGCGGAGAAGUCAAACUCUCGCAUGAAGCAGCUGAAGCGGCAGUUGGAGGAAUCGGAGGAGGAGUCUCAGCGUGCAACCGCCGCCCGCAGGAAGCUGCAGCGGGAGCUGGAUGAAGCCACCGAGGCCAGCGACGCCUUGAGCCGCGAGGUCAAUUCUCUCAAGAGCAAACUCAGGCGUGGAAACGAGCCCUCCUUCGGCAGUGCGCCGCGGCGUAUGGGYGGAGGCCGGAGGGCGGUUGAGGACGCCUCAGAGGAGGAAGUGGACUCCCAAAGCGACUUCAACGGAACAAAGUCCUCCGAGUAAGGAAUGAUUUGGAAAAACAAGAUGGCAGAAUAAAAGGUUCAGGGCAAAGUCUGCCACUUGGAACGGUCAAAAACCUGCUUUGCUGUCUUCAACCUUUCAAAUGAUAUUUCUCAUUUUUAAAGUUUUAUGGAUCUUUUGAAGCACGUUCUUCCCACAAAGCCAUCAGAAAGAAAUUAUAUYUAAUAGGACUUGUUUUAGUAGCUCUGAUUUUCACUGUUUUAGAUGCACUGAAUAUCUUUCUUAUGCAAUAUUUUGUGCACCAAUAGGUGUCUAAUUAUUACCUACUUCAAACUUAAAGUGGAGGCGAGUAAAUCCAGAUAAUUUUAUUGACUGUUGACCUUUUUGCCUGUGACUGCUGUUACUGCUUCAGAGCAGCACUGAAAUAAAUUCAGAUCAGAUGUAAACACUGUCUGCUUCCAAUCAGUGCUGACUUCUGUACCCGAAACAUUAUUUAACCCAGAGAUUUUCUAAAGCCACUUUUUUUUACAUGAUUUGCACCUUUCCUGUGCCCAAAUGUUUAGAUCUUUAUUAUAGUAAUAAUUACGGUGAACACCGGAGGUCAAAGGGAUAAUAAAUUCACUUUUUUUUUAUCAUGAGCCACAUGUUGAUCGAGCAGCACUUCUUUUAAWCUUUGUUCAGAUUCACUAUACAUGUUUUUCAAAUCACUCUAAAGCAGCUCUUUUAAUAAUGUAUAAUCAACUAAUGUUUACAUGACACCCUUUUGUACACUUUAACUGUUCAAGCACCAGCACAAGAAAUAAAGAUCAUGAAAAAAGUA